UUCUCUGGCUAAAAGGAAUCGCUGGGCGUUGUUUGUGUCCUUCUCCUGUUGCUUUUGCUAUCUGCCCCGCUUGCUGGAAGUUGGGCUGAGCUGGGGACCUGUUGCCCGUGCUUCCCAUAGCUGCUGGUGUCACCUCGCGCAGGUGUCGUUGGUGCCAAGGGGGGAGUUUUGCUGGUGUGGAUGUGGGUACCUGCAGGCCCUGGCUUGCUCCCAGCCCACACCAGGCAGCGUGCCCACCCCGUCGGCCAUCCCCGCUGACCCUCACCAGGAAGGCGAGAGAUAGGGCCAGGGAAUGAGCUCAGCGCUCUGCUAUGCGCGAUGUCUGCGCCCAUUGGCACUGCUUCCCACCGCGACGCACUGAGGCCGCUCCCUUGCUCAGGAUUCCCCGCAGCGCCACGAGGUCCCCGGGGCUCCGUGCCCCCCACGUCUCCACUCUGGACACUGCACUGGCGGUGCUGAGGGACCCUGCAUGCGGGCACCCCCAUGCUCAGUCCUGCCCGGCUGGGAGGGGGCUGGGAGUUGUGAUAUCAGCCACCUGCAGCCUGACUCAUCCCGGCUCUCCAGCACAAGCCGUGCCGCUCAGCAGGGCACUCAUUUUAUUCCAGUUCGCUUGACAGAAGGCCCCACGUAAUGAUUCUCACUCGUGGCCAAGUGUGCCUGCCCCUGGCCAAAGGGCAAGAGGGGACGCUGAAGGUGAUGGAGAGUUCCUACUCGAGGUAGGGAGCCCUGAGAACAAACCUCUGAUUGAUAACCACAGGGAUGGAGCAUCCCUGCCCCACUUGUGCCGCUGGGGCAGGCUCAUGGCAUUGUCCUGUGUCACCGGCACUCACUCUAACCACAAGGCACAGGUCCCAGGGAGGCAUCCCCAGGAGGUCCGGGUCACCGGCCCAGGUAGGGAAUGACACUUCUUUCCGGGACGCAGAGCUCAGCUCCUGCCAAAAGUCCCCGGGGGACCCAGCAUCAAAGCGUGGUUGUCAUCAGGGGAAAAUGCAACGUGACUCGUUCCUCCUGCCGCUCCCGGUCAGGUUUCUCCCUUCUAUUACAGGUUUGCAGCAAACAGGAGGUGAGUCAGGGCGUGCGGGGGGAGGCGAGGAUGGAGCUGGGGAGGGAGCAGCUGCUCAGUGAAAGGUGAGCUGGUGCUAGGCAGGUGAAUCAUUCCAUGGGGAAAAUCGAUCAUAGUCCUCACAAGCAGCCCUGGCAGUGAGGCGCAGCUUGGCUCGUUCCGUAAAUUGCGGAGCAAAGAGAAAAACAAGACAAGGCUUUUUUUUUUUUUUUUCUGAGGCAAUAAACUGUGAGGGAGCAGCCUGCGAAGCUGCAGCAGUCGUGUUCCCUGGGCUCCUUAAAAGGGAGAUUUUAGUCCGGGACGGCGGGGAGACAGCAAAGUCAUAAACACCCUCGCAGGAAUGUGGCUGCUGAGAAAUGAGGCUCCUGCAGCACAAGGGGGAGCAGGGCCAUGCCCUGCGGCUUGGCCAUGCCCCAAGGGGACAUCGAUGUCCCCAGGUCUGGUGGUCCCCAGGGGGCUCUGACCUAGCGCUGUGUCCCUGCACCCUCAGGGCCAUGCCAUACAGACAUCCCCAUGGCUGGCUGGUGGCACGGCAGCUGGCAGAGCCACAGGGCAAGGGGCGGCUGUUUGCAUCAGUGACCACACUGUAUGUUUGGGUAGGGGGUUCCCUUUUUACUCUUUUACUCUUUUCACUCCCAUAGGAUCUACAGACUGCCCCUCAGAGGUGCCCGUUUCUGCCAUAGCCCUGCACUGUUCUCCCACACCAGCGUGUCUUGUGUUUCCAUUGAAGCCGGCUGGCAGGGACGGCUGCACGGACGCUCACAUUGGAGCCACUGACGUUGGAUGGGCUGCCAGAGCAGGGUGAAGGCACGGCUCACCGCGAGCCCUGCGGCACUGGCCCUGUCACUCCGAUGUCAACACGCUGCCUCAGCCCCAGGGAGCCAGGGGACACUUGGCACAGGGCCGGGGAUGGCACGGGGCUGGGGCAGAUGCUGGUGUCCAGAAGGACUGCAGAGAAAGAGCCAUCCCACCAUGCAGGGUAGAGACAAGCCCUCUGUUUCUGUGUUCUCCUCACCCUUAAGCCACUCCAUCCCUGUACCCCCAUUGAGCUCUCCUUCCUUUGAGCUGAUCUCCCACUGAGCUGUCUCUCCAUCGAUCCAUCUCCUCCAUUACAGGGCUGUCCCCAGUUCCCUUUGCACAGCUGGGUGCUGGGACCAGAGUUCUGGUGUCACAGAAGUGUGAGGUCACAGCCCAUGACCGUGUGGCCACCAGCAGUGCCAAGAACAGCCCACAGCACCUCUCCCCACAGCCUUGCUUUGCCAUCUGAGGCCCCAAAAUGAAACCAAUUGCACCCCAGGAGGCUGGAGACCUGAGGAACAAGCCCUGCCCGCUGUGCACCAUGGAGCAGAAAAGCCGCCUCUGGAAAGCACUGAAGUCACUGGCGCUGCUCCGGCUGCUGAGGGGCACGAACCGCAGGGUGCAGCGGCUGCACGCGGUGGCUGUGCGGUGCUGGCGCUCACUCAUGGCACAGAGGCUGCCUGGCAUCGCAUCACUGCUCCCCAGGGAAUGUCACCACCUGCCAGAGCCAGAGGAGGCUGCGGGCAACCCCGAGACCAGCUCGACCAGCAGCAGCAUGGAUACAGCAAAAGACGCACAGACAGGGACAUGGCCAGCAGCUGUGGAGGACAAGCAGGACUUACUGGUGACCCUGCCCCAGCGCUUCCGUAUGCCGGCCCGCAAAGUGCUGUGCCGGCCUUCACCCCAGCGCUGGGUCAAGCCCUGCUGCACCCGCUCCUGUGGAGAGAGCCUGGAGCGCACGCUCACCAUCCGCUACCCCCGGUGACCACCAUCCGUACGAGCGCUGCCCUCGCUGAGCAGGGCCCAUCUCCCCGAGCCCCAGCACAGCUCGCCAGCUGCUGGCUUCCCUUUCAGCGCUGCCUGAGGAGUUGGAGGAGAGUUGCCAGGAGACCUGUGGGUGAUGCACUCUGCCAUCCUGCUGUGAAUAAAGGGAGUGAGCUAUGCCUUACCGACACUGAGUUUCUGCCUCAGAGCUGCUUUCAGUUUGGGUUUCCGAUGUACUUGUAAGGGGUUUCCGCUCACUUUGGAUUCAGGGGAUGGAGAAUGCUGGGUGUGCCAGUGCAGCCCCCGCAGGCGCAGGGAUGGAUGUGUACAGACGGGUGGAGGUCUCUCCUCCAGGCACCCCAGGACACGCUGUGCUCAUCCCCGUGGCGCUCAGAUACCACCAGCCCCCAAAGUGACGCUGUCAAAGUGCCAGGAACCUCCUGCUCCCAUCUGGGCUGGGGUAACCGAAGAGUGACUCAUUGGACAAAAGCCAGGAUCGGGCUGUAAAGAUGCACAGUACCGUGUAAUCUCCUUAAGGAUAUUACAGCAAUGGGAGCUGCCGGUGCCAGAAUCAACAAAGAACGUUUUAUAGCUGGAGGUGCUAAAGUUGAAGGCUUUGAAGCCACACACACUUCAGGCUUAGUUCAACACGAUGCAUUGGGUUACUUGGGGGGGCUCAAAGCACAGACCACGAGUGUGGCUGCAGCCCCACAGCGAUGGAAGCUCUCAGAGUGACACCGGGGCAAGCACAGAAGGCACCAAAUGCAGAGCAAGGGCACAAAGACAGAGCGUGAACCCAGAGCAAUCCUUGCUGUGCCCAGAUUUCCACUGUUGGACGCCCCUACUGCACCUUCGGGUGACACUCAGGAGCUGCAGCCUGCUUUCACAGUGGCUUUAGGCUCUGCACUCUUCCAUGCAUGCUGCACAGCACACCGGGGCUGGUCCAGCAGAUGGCACUCGGAUUGCACGGUGGUGGGGCUGCACAGCACGGGGUUGCACAACUAGGGAUUCGUGGAAAGGGACAGGAUUGCAUGAGGCUGGGAAUCCUAGGAAGGGGCAGGGCUGCACAGCGGAGGAUUUGUGGGAAGCAGCGGGGUUGCACAAGUCCAGGAAGCUUAGCAGGGGAUGGGCUGUGCUGUGGGAUACCAGAUGCACCCUAACUCUCAAGACUCCAAAUCCCACAGCUCCCCAUGCAGCUCCACGUGCCGAGCUGCCUUUUCCCAGGCUAGGGGGGCAAGUGCUGGCAAAGGGGUGUAAUGGGGUCCGCGGGCACAGGGCGCUUAGAUGUGGGGUACAGGCUGCAUGCAGCCAUGAGUGCUAGCAGAGGGCUGCAGUGAGAACUGGGCUGCCUGUGGGCAUUCAUUAGUGACAGCUUAGCCUCCUUGUUAAUUAGCCAUGGCCAACCUCACUAAUUAGCUGCGGCCAGAGCUGGCUGCCCUCCUCACGGAGGUGGGCGGAGAUCCUGCAGGCCAUGGGGGUACCAGGGCUGGAGUGUGGGUAGUGGCAUGGGGCGGCAGUGGGGCACGGCUGCGUUACUCAUGGCGCUGGGUAAGGCUGGGGCUGGGGUCUGGGCUGGGGUCUGAGUAUGAGAGCCAGAGAGAUGCUGCUCGGUCUGGGUUCAGGAGAUCUGGGCACGGAGAACCUUCUGUGCUGCUGUCUGGGAUGUCUGGGUGCUGGGGUCCCCUGCCUGUGACACCCCAGGGAGGAGGUGGGUGCUGUUCCCAGAGGUCCCAUGCUCAAGCCAACCCCUUGGUGCCGGCAGGGCACCUGGCCAUGCUGCUGGCAUCGGGCACCGCCUGCGCCAACGUGUACCGAAGGGUCUCUGAUUGUGUCCUGAAGCUGGGAGAGAGCAUGGCCACGUACGGGGAGGAGGACGGCAUGGAGCUGCAGGGGCUGCGCAGGGUCUGUGGGUACUGGGAUGAAUUCCACGUUUGUGCCCUGACAGCGCUCUGGGAGUGCCAGAAGGAAGCAGCAGCCAUCUGGGAGAUGCUGAGGAAGGAGUCCCGAAAGAUCAAAUUCCAAGGCAGCCUGUUUGACCUCUGCAGCCCCAGCACAGCCCAAAGCUUUGCCUGGCCCCAUGUUCCCAACCUGUCGGUCCUCAGCAUCCCCCUCAUCAUCACUUGGCUGAACUUAUAGACCUCAGCUCUCUCCUGCAGCUGCAGGACGGAAUGAAUGAAUGGAGGCAAAUUCCAAGAAAUGAGAUGGGGAGGAGCAGCUGGUGUUCAGACAGCACUCCAGAGCGAGGUUGAACCCAGGCCUCCAGCAGACAACAGUUAUUCAUGUACUCAGCACCUCUGGCACAACGCCUGACAAUACGUAGUGGAGAAAGGGUGGGCUGGAGCACGGCAGAGCCUGCACUGAACCGCUGCACUGCCUUGGUUCUCCUUCCUGCUCUGCUCCAUCAACAGUGAGUGCUGCUCAGUGCUGUUCUCCUUUCCCCUAUGGCCUCCUCUUCUGCUUGUGGUUAGUGGGGCAAAGCUGAGCAGGUGGGUAUCCAAGGCUGGAGUCUUUUGUAUCCAGAUCUUGUAUCUGAUCUUUGUUUUGAAUAGGUGUUUAAUGCCUCGAGAGAAACAAAGCACAACUCUCAACAUUUCCCUUCCUUAAUUUCUUUGAAUUUGGUAUCUUCUCUUAAAAUUUUCAACUUUUGGAUGGCUUUGGGGAAGGGGAAUGUAAAUGAGCAGAGAUCUCCAAGAAGUCAUCGUUUGCAAAACCUUGGAUGCAGAUGGCUAGCUGAUGCUACUGCUGUCUCUGAGAACAGCAGGUGUUAGGGAAAAUCUUCCCUGAGAGCAAAUACUUCAACUCUAUUGCACAUGUGGAAAAAAAGAUUCAUUAGGAAACAAAGACCAUCUGCCACUAUUCAGGUAUGGAGCAGCAGAGAUUCUUAAAGCCAAAGGUGCUGCUAAGAUCUGACUGGACACACGCAAGUGAAAAUUAGGUCUCAUAAUAUCGGAGUGAUGAAUUUCAGAAGUUCCCUUCCCAAUCUGUGUGUAAUUUUAGCAAAACUUCCCCUAUAACUUUGACAUCUACAGUAAGUUUCCUUUAUUUAAAAGGAAAAAAAAGGCGCUAUUCAGAUUUAGUUCUCAAAGGGAACAGACUUAAAAGCCUUUCUGAUCCCACAGCACGCUUCAUGCUAACGCAGUGCAAUGUGUUGGAUGUCCCACAGCCUUGGUGUUAAAUCCAGGUGCAUCAAGGACUCUUCUCGUGGCCCUGCCCUACCUCAGGAUCUCCAGCCACAAAGCUGCACCAAAACUUCACGUUUCCCUGCAAGGGCGGCUGUUGAAGCAGUCAAAGCCUAUCUUAGGCAUUCAGAAAGCAAGGAAGGAAGUGUUCCUUGGUCUGAAGUUCUCAUCCUUGUUCCUCCAGGAGAACAAAGAUAGCAUCUCUUUAAUACAUUCUCACAACAAUCCCAAGAUCAGCUGUCCAUUUUCCUCUAAGAAAUGGGAGUGCUGUGACUUUCCUUCCUCUGCCUGUUCCCAGGGAACUGGGAUGUUCCCUUUCAGUACCAACAGCAAACAGCAGGAGAGGACAGAAUGACCCCAAAAGAGCCUUAAAAUACAGCUGAUACCAAGAUGGUGUUUGGAGCCCCAAGGCAGAGCACUGCCCUCUGCUGUGUGCCCUGAUCCCAAUCACGCAUGCACAUCUCUUUUCAGAAGGAGAUACUGGCACCUACUGGAAGCCCAAGCUCUGCUUCAUGUCUGGGCUGAACAUGACUGGAAGGAAGGCAAGUGUCCUCAAAUACGAGAACCCAGAAGGCCUGGAGCAGGGAUGAAAAGCCUUGCUGAAUGCACAGCAGUUAGAAGGGGAGCAGUAGCAAAUGACCUCUGAACUUGUGUUAACCUUUUCCUCUGAAAGGCUGCUUCUAUGCAUAUGAUAGCACUAAAAUUGGGUUUAAAGGGGUUUUGGUCAGGAAGAGGUCGCGGUGAAAUCUCCAACCAUAAGAAGCUCUGCCUACGCACGUGUAACCUGCACCCCUUCCCUCUCUGCAGCAAACCUGCCAGGUAUUUAAAACACUGGGAUUUCAAUCUGCCUAAAUUCAUAGAAUAUGAAAGUAGGAAUUGAAAUACAGUUACCCCAGUAACAAAAGUCAAAAGAGCAACUUCAAAGCGUUUAUAAUCUACAACUCAAAUCAUCCCACCAAUUCUCAACAAGCCAAAUUAGCAAGUAAUUUGUACAAAUUAACAUUUACAAACAUUAACGUACAAAAGAAAGUUACCACAGCGAGAUGCUGCACAGGAGAAAUUCUUCCUUUAGAAGUUGCUUUGCCCACUUUUGGGUUCUUGCAAAACCAAACGCCCCUCAGUGGCCACCCUGCAGGAUGCAGGGCUGCUCGUGCGGGCUGUGGGAGCUGAAGGCACCGCUCGGCCUUGGCCUCUUAACAGUGAGGCUGAUGCUCGUGCCUGCCCCAUGGGUGAGGGCCUCUAAAUUAAAGCACAUCCUGUCACUCUGAGAAACAAGUAGCAGAUUCUCGCUUGAAUAAACAUCACCUCAGCCACACCAGACCUGCCAUUAGAUUUUUUUGUUUGUUUUUAAAGUCAGAAGUAAGGACCAGGCAAAUAUGACCAGCUCUUGGAAACCUUUGCAAGUUUACCUGAGACAGCUCCAGCCUAGGACUGAGCAUGUGGAGCCCCUGAACUGCUGAAACUCCUUCUGAAGUGAGCAUUAUGUUGGCUGAUUUCCCUAGAC